CCCCAACUCUUCGUCCCUUUCAUCCUCUGUACCUUUCGUCAAUUUUCCCAGACAUCAUCACGUUCUCUCGUUUGAUCAUCCUCUCUCUGGAUCUCUUCUUCCCCCCAUGAAAUUUAGAGAUCACUUUACUGUCCCUGUAAAGAGCCCAAGUUCUACUCAGCCGCAGUGAACCAUCCGAGGCCACUCGUUCAGAUUUUCAAAACACGACCGCGGCCUUUUGCCGCCAUCUUCUGCAAGUCUGCAACUGUCUCAAAUCUUGGUGGCUUUCUUACUACACGAUUCAAAAGCUACGUAACAGACGAAUGACGGUGAGUGCGGAUUAGGGGAUGAAGGAAGUCCAAUUUUCGCGCUCUGUCGAGAACAACAGAAACCCGUUUUCGCGGGUUAGGGCGGGAGCGUCCAAGGGGAGAUAGGCGAAUUGGGUGACUAUACCCACCUGGUCAAGAUCUUUGCAACUUGCUUCAAUCGUUUGUUUCCGGAGAUCCAAAUGAAGCGGAACCUGUCUUCAUCUGAUUGCGUCCCUUCCCCUAAGCGGCCAUCGCUGCUGCCUCUUCCAACUGGGAAGUACGAGGUUUUCCUGAGCUUCAGAGGUCCAGACGUGCGAAGAACUUUUGCAGAUUGUCUGUACAAGUUCCUGGAUCAUUCAAAGAUUCGCACAUUCCUUGAUGAUGAAGAGCUCCGGAAGGGGGAGAAGAUUGCUCCUUCCCUCGUCGAGGCUAUUCAUGAAUCCAAAGUUUACAUUCCAAUCCUUUCACAAGACUACGCUUCCAGUAAAUGGUGUCUGGAAGAGCUCUCUCUCAUGGUCAAGUCCUUGAAUCAAAACGAAGGCCACAUCUUGUUGCCCAUUUUCUACUUUGUGGAGCCUAGAGAUGUACGGCGCCAAGAGGGCUCUUACAGUGAAGCAUUUGGACGACACAGUCAGGAAUUUGAUGCAGACACCAUAACGGAAUGGAAGGAAGCUCUCCAAGUGGUUGGUCAAAUGAAAGGAUGGCAUGUCACCGAAUCCGACGGACAAGGAGACGUGAUAGAGAAGGUUUUCUCCGAAGUGUGGUCACAUCUGAUGGCAAAUUACACAAUAGUGACCGAUGAGUUGAUUGGUAUCGAUUCACACGUGAAAGAAGUGUUGGAUUUAUUGGACUUAGACUCCAAAGGUCUGAAAAUUGUGGGAAUUCAUGGUAUUGGUGGUAUUGGCAAGACGACCUUAAGUAAAGCUGUCUACAACGAGGUCUCUUCAUGGUUUGAUCGUUGUUGCUUUCUGGAAGAUAUACGAGAAACAUUGUUGAAGGCUGAUGGUGUUGUUACUUUGCAAAAUAAGGUAAUUUCUAACAUUCUGAGGCAUGGCAGCCAUGUUAAAGAUGCCAGUGAGGGGGUUCACCUAAUCAAAGAUAAGGUUUGCAAGUACAAGGUUCUUAUUGUUCUCGAUGAUGUAGAUCGGAGGUUUGAGUUUGACAAAGUCUUUGGGAAGUUGCAAGAUUUUUCCAUAGAAAGUCGAUUUAUACUGACUACAAGAGACAAAAGGGUUUUAGAGUUCUUUGAGGAAUGUAGGUUGUUCGAAGCCAAAGAAAUGAGUGACAUUGAUUCUUGUCAGCUUCUUAGAAAACAUGCCUUGCAAAUGGAUGAUCCUCAAGAAGGAAGUGACACUCUUUGUGAGGAAUUUGUGAAACUUGCUGCAGGACUCCCUUUAGCUCUAAAGGUCAUAGGAUCCCUUUUGUUUCGUAAAGAUAUAAGAAUUUGGGAAGAAAAGCUGGAGGAACUAAAAGAAAGCCCUUUCACUGGGGUGCAUGAGAUACUAAAAAUAAGUUACAAUGAUUUAACUCCCACGGAAAAAGAAAUUUUUUUAGACAUUGCUUGUUUUUUCAUUGGGGAAACAAAAGAGUGUCCUUUUUAUAUGUGGAAUGAGUGUAAGUUUUAUCCAGAAAGUGGGAUUAGCAAUCUUAUUCUUAAGUCGUUAAUAAAAAUUAACGAGAGAAGUGAGUUCUGGAUGCAUGACCACGUCAGAGACCUUGGUCGAGCUAUUAUUUAUGAAGAAAAUAUUCGACAGCCAUGGAAACGCAGUAGGAUAUGGUCCAAUGAGGAUGCUUUGGAUAUGUUAGAAAACGGGAAGGGAAGUGCCGCUGUGCAAGUUCUUAGAAUCAACAUGGAAGAUCGAGGUAAUCUGGAGUUGACAGAAAAAGACUUUAAUAAAUUAUCAGGGAUAAGGUUUCUUGAUGUGUGGGGUGGGGGACUGACUGGAGAUUUCAGUAAGAUGCUUCCAAAUAUACAGUGGCUUCAGUUGGGUUCCUGUCAUUCAAUACCCACUGACGUUAACCUGAAGAAACUGGUAAUUCUUAGCUUGGAACAUUCCAAUGUAUGGGAUUAUUGGAGAGGCUGGAAAAGAAUUAAGGAGAGUAAGAAGCUGAAAGUCGUAAAUUUAAGGUGGUGUAAUGACUUGGUGAAAGCUCCCGACUUGUCCUCCUCUGGCAGUCUAGAGGUGAUAAAUCUUGAUGCCUGCUGUGAUGUGGGAGGAGAGCUGCACAUCAGCAAUUUCAAGAAAUUAAAACUGCUGAGGCUUUCGGGUAGUAAGAUAACAGAAUUGAAAGGUGACAUUCAGAUGCUUCAAGAUCUAAAGGAGAUUGAUGCUUCAAGAUCCAAGUUGACAAAAUUGCCUACUGGUAUAGGUAAGUUAGGCUCUCUAGAAAUCCUGCACUUGGUCUCAUGUCUGGUGGAAGUACCUGCACUCCCCACAAGUUUAAAGCAACUGACCCUCUCAUCCCCCAGGGUUCCGAAUCUUUUGGAGCUCAAGGACUUGGAGGUGCUAUGCUUUCAGAACUGUUAUAAUGGGCCUCAAAUUCCUGGAGAUAUAGGGCUUCAACUACCCAAGUUGAAGAAGUUGAAUGUGGACUCUUGUGGUGCGUUGGAAACUCUGCUACUGGAGGUGGUGUCAGCUGCUACAUCGAGUAGCAAUGGGAUGGGAGUCUCAGCUGCCCAACUCCCAUCGUCUCUAAACAGCCUUGUUGUGAGGAGUUGUCAGAAAUUGGAGAGACUGCCGAAUCUCGCAAAUCUGAGUAACUUGACCGAACUACGACUGGUACUGGUUGUAGUACACGAGAUAAGUGGCCUGGGAGAGCUGAGAAUGUUGGAAACAUUAGAAAUAUCUCGAGCCCCACACCUGGAGAACCUUGAUGGUCUUGAAAAUUUAGUGCUUCUACAACGGCUUACGCUGGACCGCUGUGAUGCAGUUGAAAAACUGCCCAGUCUUUCCAGUUUGGUCAAGUUACACACAUUAAAAAUUCGUAGGUGCAAGGACCUUUUUGAAAUCCAAGGGAGCCAGUCACUGGAUGCCUUGGGAGAGUGUUCUUUAACUCAUCUGGAAAUAAGCAGGUGUCCCAGAUUAGCUAUUGUUGAAGGCCUUCUUCAAUCUCUGGAAGCACUGACCACUUUGGAACUAACUAACUUUCUGUCACUAGAAACGCUACUUGGUCUUCCUUCAUUAGGCAACCUGAAGAAGUUAACUGUUGAGGAAACCUCUCAUGGUGCUUUACAAAGAAACGAGACUCGUCUUUCUGUACCACGAAUACGAACUUUGCAUCUUGCUCGUCUUAGUAAUCUACAAGUAAUAAAGAUUUCUAGAUGCCAGCAAUUGAUUGAGAUUACAGGGUUUGAAGCACUGCAGUCAUUAGAAGAGCUAGAUAUUUCGUCUUGCACCUCCUUUCAGAAGCUGUCAAAUCUAUCUGCCCUCAAGAAUUUGAAGAAACUAACAAUUCGAGAUGGCGCACAGCUGGCCAAGCUUGAAGAGCUUGACCGGUUGGAAUCAUUAGAAUGUCUAGAUAUGGAAGGCUGCAUGUCAAUCGAGAAGCUGCCGCCAAAUAUGUUUAAUCUUAAAAAUUUGUGGUCGCUGAGUAUUGUUGAAUGCAUGUCAUGGACGUUCACGGAGGAGUGUGGGCUUGAGGGUUUGAAUUCAUUGAAAAAACUCUACAUUUCUGGGUGCAGAUCUAUUAUCAGGUUGCCAAAUUUGUGUGGUCUCCCGAAUCUGAUAGAUUUGGAUAUUAGGGAAUGCACAGAAUUGACAGACGUGAUGGGGCUCAGAAGACUGGAGUCUUUGCGACGGCUCAACUUGACUGAUUGUGCAUCAAUUGUGAGGUUGCCUAAUCUAUCAGAUCUCAAGAAUCUGAAGGUGUUAAAUAUCAGUGGAUGCAAACAAUUGACAGAGAUCAGGGGACUUGAGAGUUUGGAAACGUUACAAGCUCUAGCAAUGUCAAACUGCAAGUCAAUUAACAAGUUGCCUGAUCUGUCUUGCCUCGAGUAUCUCAGGUAUUUGGAUGUUAGGGAAUGCACGCAGUUGACGGAGGUCAUGGGAGUCGAAAGUUGGGAAUCAUUGGAACUGCUAGCUAUGUCAAACUGCAAGUCAAUCAGUAACUUUUCGGAUUUAUCAGGUCUAAAGAAUCUGAAGCACUUGGAUAUUAGAGGAUGCAGCCAGUUGACUGAAAUCAUUGGCCUCCACAAGUUCACAUCUUUGCAAGUGCUGGGGUUGCACAAUUAUACAGCUGUUUCCAUUUUGGGUGAUCCAUUUCGGGAUUUACAUUGGAAGUACCUAGCCUUGGCGACUUUGAAAUGAAGGAUUGGAAGUAUCUAUAGUAGUGAAGCAGUAAAGAACGUGGGGAAUAUACAAUCGAUGACCCAUUUUUCGUCACCUUCAGGUGGCUGCCAGCCAAACAUCCAUUUUGAGUUACAGGUAAUUCUAGUUCUCACUUCAUGAUACAUAAUAGUUAGUGUACCCGGACUGAUAGAGAAGAGUAGGAUUUAGGGGUUGAGAAGUAGAAUUAGGGAUUGAGAAAGAAUUAGGGAUUGGAAAUAGAAUUGGGGAAGAACAGAGAGAAGAGAGAUUUAGGGAUUUUGAUAUUAUUAUUGCUUAACUUUAAAUGAAUGUGCAGAACCCUAUUUAUCAGUUUCAGAAACUAACACAGAAUAACAAAACUCAACCCGACAACCCGGCCCAGUCGGCCAACCCAACCCGACCCCCCUACUCGCACGGGUCUCUAUCACGGACACAGCGAACCAAGGGGAACAAACUUAUUGUAGGAUUCCCUUGAAAUCGUUGAUUAUGAAGUUUAUUUGAAUUUGUUUGUGUUAUUUGUUUUUCCUAAUGCAUGAACCUGCAGUUGCAGCUGUUGAUUGUGGUAGAUAAUGCUUGAGAAUCGUAUCCAUGGAUUCAGAAUUCGCAAUUGGCUGGUUUCUCCUUGGUUCGAUUUGUGAUAGUAAUGCCUUUGCUCUGCUUCAUUACUGGUGUAGUAAUAGCUCUGGCCCUUGAAGUAUAAUAGAGAGGCUUCUCCCCCACCUGACUUGUCUUCCUUGCAUGCAAAACGUGUGAGGAUCAAGUUUGUUUUAUUGGUUAGUUAAUGAUCUUCCCCUCUAUUACCAUUUUCAGUUCCUGAACAGAGCGUGAAAUGUUUGGUUUGAAGUCUCCACCAUCUUCUGAAAUCCGGUGCUAUCUCUUGACAAGGCCGAGCUAUACUUAAAGCAGUACUUACGAGUGGAUAUAGCGAAACAACAACGUAACACGAAUAACUUGGUGGUGUUUUCUCGUUUGUAUUAUCGAGUUCUAUAUGUACAUUGAUAGAGUGAAAUUAGUUGAAGUCAUUUCCAUUGUUUGAGGUAUUUUAAGGAACAGAGCAUGACCUCCCAGGGGUUUGAUAUGGAAAACUGGAUAAGAGUAUGCCAGGCUAUUGGGAACGGGCUCGACUCAAGUCGUUAAGCCUAUGUUAUUAGGAGUAAUCUUAGAUGUAACAUGUGACUUGAUGGUCCAAAAUAUACAUUUGUAUAGGAAUAUUGUACUCACUAUGUGUCGUUGUGGGAAUUUGUACAAAGCAAUUGUCUAACUGAGAAGCAUUCGGUCAUUGGUGGAAAUGAGAGAGUGAUAUAGAUUUGUAUAGGAAUAUUGUACUCACUAUGUGUGGUUGUGGGACUUUGGCUUAAAUUUAUUGAGAGGUAUAUUCAUUUUUAAUAGAGAUUAUACCAAAUUAAAAGCAAACUAAUGAA